UUAAACCUCAUCAGAAGAACAAGAAGCUGCUGUGUUUGUACUGUAGAGCCUCUAUCUGUAAUAAUGCAGUCAGCAGAAGAGGAACACGUCGCCCCUGUGGAUCUACAACAUGAAGGAUUCCAGAAGAAACUAAUAAAAAAGGAGGAUGAAGAUGAUAGUUACUACUGUGAAGUAUCUUUAAUCCCUCCGGAACUCGUCCCUUCUGUGGAGCUGCUCUUCUCAGAGGACCAACAGUGUGGAGGUUUCCAGAUGAAGCCUGUGAAGAAGGAAGAACCUGAAGAUGAAGAUGAACUCAAAAUUUCAGGUGAAGGAACCAUAAUCCCUGUGGAACUCGUCACCUCUGAGGAACAUCUCACCCCAGAGGACCAACAGUGUGGAGGUUUCCAGAUGAAGCCUGUGAAGAAGGAAGAAGCUGAAGAAGAAGAUGAACUCAAACUGAACAAGGAUUUCUUCUGCUCCUCGUGUCCACGUUCCUCUACAACCCAAAAUCACCUCCACAAUCACAUCAGGAGCUGCAACCAUGAUAAAUAUGAUGAUGCGCUGGUGAAGAUUAAGACUGAACAUGAGGAUCUGACCUCAUAUAGAGAGGUGUGGUGUGCAGGAGAUGAACUUUCCUUAAGAUCACGUGAUGGAGUAAGUGCUGCCCACCGUGCAGGUUACCUUGUUAACCAGUUGUAG